CAUGCAGAAAGCCGACUGUCACAGCGACUGACUGACUAUUGGAAAAUAUGAUUAUAGGAGGACAAAUUAGCAGAACAGAAGAAAACACCUCCUCAUUUUGCCAAAUGUUUAAUUGUGGGUUGUGAACAACACAUCAAGAACUAAAUCACUGCUGCAGACAUCAAGAUCAAGAAGUAUGGAGGAUUCCAGCCUGAUCAGAUGUGACAGCCUGGAUGCUGGAUCAGGGUGUGACGGGGAGGUGAUUGACCAUAUGACCUUUGACCCUGAGUGCUCUGACCCCAUAGCAAACCUCGAGCCUUCACCAGCAGAACUGGCUCAAUGUGAGGCAGAAGUGGGCACACUGCUCAGCAUCAUUGCUGAACUGAACAAGAAGAUGGGGUCAUUAAAAGCACCAAGUGAACCAGGGGACCUGAGACCACCAGCACCGUCCAGGCCUUUGGUUCCUGACCUCCUGUCUCACAGACUGGUCAGACGCAGCCCAGAGAGAGACACUUUCUCUGCUGCCAUAUCUAAACCUCCACUGGCUGAUCGAGUGGGCAGUGGUGUAGUCUGGACAAAACUGCAGGAGGUUUUAUCAUCAGUGGAGGAGUCCAUCAGCUGUAGGAGGACCUGGGCCGCCCCCAUUACAGCUUCUGACCAGGACAAGCACAAAGAGCAUCUGAGAGCAGCCCAGGAGAGCUGGGGUAAAGCCACUCAGAUAUUGGAGGAGAUGGAAAGAGAGUUCGGGAUAUCAUGCCCAUCAGCCUCAUCAAAGGACCAGUUUCAGGGGGACAUCUUGGAUCUGGAGAAACAUGACUCUGUUCACAAAAACUCCUUGCACAAUCGCCAGGAAGAGCUGGAGAGAACACAGAACACUAUCAGCCAGAUGGAAGAGGAAAAGAACAAGCUGGUGGGUCUCCAUAAGGUCGGAAGAUCAGGUAGUCGUUCUCCUUCCUACUGGCCCAGUCUCAGUCCAGGCCUGGCUUCUCCUCCGUUCCCUGGUUCUCCUUUACUCCACAGAAGAACAGCCAGAGGUCUAACACCUCUUUCUGCUGGUGGAGACGGCUCUCCACUGGGCUCUGUUAACUCAAGCAGUCCCUGUCCCAGCCCCAUCAGCCUGGACUCUGAGACUGAACGACUGAACAGGUGCAUUGAGAGGCUGAAGGCCAGAAAUGAACGUCUGACUGCAGCUCUGGAGCGAAGGAAGGGAGAGUCGGAGCAGAUCAGUAUUACACUAAACAGACUUGAGUCCGACUGCUCUGCCCUGCAGAUGGCUCUCAAAUACUGUGAGGAGUGUGAAGAGGCCUACAGCGAGUUACUGUCACUUUAUGAGGCCAAGAAGCAACAAAGCAUUCCUGUGCGCACAGACCUAGCAGAGGCAGUCGAUGACAGGCAGCAGCCCGACAGUCCAUCAUCUCAACUCAGGAACAUGGGAACUGAGGAGCUGUCCACCUCCUUCUCAACAGCAGGGGUCACAGAGGAGAUGGAAACACAGAGCUGCACAGGGUCAAGGGCACCUGAGCUGGUGAAUCGAGAGGCUGUCCUCCGUCAGCAAAUCGAGCGCCUGAAGAGGGACAGGGCAGCCAUUUGUCUCCCUAAACCAAAUCCAGGAGUAGAGAGCAAACUGAGCCCUGAAACUGGGUCAAAAGGGGGACAUGUGACCAAAGAUAACAUCAGACCUCCUGAUGCCAAGAAAGAGAAGGCUUCCCUCUUCUAUGAACUCAUCUCUGUCAGGGAGGAGAUGUCAGACCUGCGAGCUCUGAUCCGCCUUAAAGAGAAAGAGCUGAGGUGUUUGGAGUGGAGUUUAAUGGCCCAGAAGGCCCAGGAAGCAGCUGGAGUUUUCGUCCCAGAAAGUCUCAGAGAGGAGCUGGGGGAUCAUAAGACUGAACAACAGAGGUUUUGUGAGAACACAGCUAAACUGGGUAUUGAUGGAGACAUUGCUGGACCUCGAACCAGGCCCAUUCUGAAAGAGCUGCAGGCUGUCCUGCAAAGGGAACAAGCCCUGAAGAAGAGAUUAGCUUUAGUCCAUGAGUCACUGAACACAGCUCUCUCAGACAGCACCGCACACAGGAGAGACAAUGGAGAGCAGAUUGCACGGCUCACACAGGCUCACAGUAAAGCCUUGAGCUCGUACCGGCAGAUUCGCAGGAAGUACCGGGAGCAGGUAUGGAGGCUGGAGCAGAAAGUGGCGGCCAUGAUGGAGAGUCACCACAAGCAGGGUGGAACACCAAAAACUGCAGGGGAGGCCGUGGAGUGGAGGAGGGAAGAAACUGUUCUGUGAUUCUUCGGUCAGAGAAUCAGCCAUUAUUACAGCCAAGUGUUAUCAGCAUCAACCACAGUGAACAUUUUCACUGAAUUCAAGUUGCUUAUAUGUCACUUGAAUAAAUGUAUAUAGUUUUGAACGUCCUUGCAUCCUGAUCACCGCAGAUAUCCCUUUAUUAAUAGUAUAGUUUGAUUUUAUUUAGUUUUCUAUCCUUACAGAAAUAUCUUUCUACCUAUCCAUCCAUCCGCCCAUCUGUCUGCCAACCCAGAAAUGGCACCUGCAGCAGUCAGCUCAGGCCUUCGUUGGCUCUCGAGAAGUAAAUAUAGAGUAUGUAGGGCAGUAGAACACAGAAAUCGCUAUGAAUUCCCCCUGUUCAACCCCUUGUGAGAGUUGCCAAUAAACUGAACAGAAUUCCAGAGCUUAACUUGUCUAACAGGACUCACACAUCACAAGACACACUGCUGAUUUCAGAGAAACAGCUGUCAUGCAGUCAUGAAUGUGUAAGCCUGACUCAAGGACUCAAUCCACUGAGGACCUCCAGACUGACCUCGACAGCACACAUGUCCUUUUUCCCGUACAGGCCGACUCAAUAAAGCCUCCCCUGGCCGGCCGUGCUGUCGUGACAAUGCCGUGAGAAGGGGGAUGGGGCCGGGACAAUGGAUGAUAUGCACACAAAAUGUACGGCCUGCCCAUUUGUCUUCUUUCCACUUUCAUAGUUCUCUUCAUCUCACUCUCUCUAGGCAGAGAGAGCUUUACAUUUCUUUUAAAAGGUCAGUUCACCCAAAUGAUGAAAAAGCUUUGUCUGCUUUUGAGUCCUUGGUUUUAUCACAGGUUGCAUGUCUUUGAGAUGCACUCAGUACAACUCCAAUUGUUUCAUUUAAAGAAGUAUGAUUUGUACUGCAACCUCUUAGAGGAUCCUGGUCCCAGGCUGGGAAUUGCUGCAUUAAUGUUGGCUUUGGUGAUUUCAGAAAAUAUAGAAUAACCUCUGCCUUAUCCUUUAAAUGUUUGGGCAUCACAAAUGGCAAAUCCCCUUCACCUUGAUUGUAUUGGAAAGGAUGCAGAUAUUUUAAUACAUGGACAAAUCUAAAAAUCUAGACACCAAAAGAGGUAUCUAGACUUGACUUUGUUUCCUUUUUUUCCUGAAACCUUGAACCAACCCUUUAAAAAAUCCAGCUUAUCUCUUCCUUCCUGUCCUCAUACCCAUCUUUUGCUCUUUACAUCUCACUGAUACCUCAAUUUAUCUGCCUUUACACUCUCCCUCCAUCUUCUCUCCUUACUCAUCUCUCAAUCAUCUCCGUCCCUGCUCCCCCCUUCAGCCGACCCUGUGCCCUGACCUAUAAGAGCUGGUCAGCUGCAGCUGUGGCCGACGGUCAGGAGGUUAAGGCAAAGGUUGAGUGUCACACCCACAGGGUCACAGUGAUGCCUGGCUGUUGUGUUAGCCUGUGAAUGGAGGGUUCAGAGCGCCAGACGAGGUGGUGAGCCCCUGACGCCCUGACUCUUGCCUGAGCUUGCCCUUUCCCGAGCAGAGGUCACCUCAGAGGGCCGAUCCUUCGCACUGCCCCCAUGGCUCCAGGUCACCAUCGCUAUUGUUGUAAUAGCUGCCAUUAGAGCAGAUGAUACAAUUAUCGCUCCAUUUUGUGUUCCCUCUCUCUAAGGUCUGUGUUGAGCCUCUGAGUUCAUCAAAGGUUUUUUAGAUGACAUGAUUGUUGUAACCUCAGGGUGACAAAGGGGACAGAAUAUCUCAUAGAAAGAUUUUUAAUUAUUUGAAUCAUGACUGACUCAAUAUUUGUGCAUCUAUACAGCGUCAGGAGAAGUAUUCAGAUCUAAUGUACCAAUACAGCAAUGUAAAAAUACUCCAAGUCAAAUGGUCACAGUGAGUGAUACACUACCAACUAUUAUAUUAUCUGAUUGUUAGAGCUACCUUGGUAGGUAGUAAAGGUGUUCCUUUCAGGGCUAUUUCUAAAGUCACCUCUCAUUUCUGAAGUCAAAAACAGUAACCUUACAAUCACAGCAACCAUUAUUAUAUUUUUAUCCUCACUUCCAUCUAAUCCUAUUAAAAAUAUUCUGAUUCACUGAAUGUUUUGCAGUUUAAUUUAUGACAAUGCAUCAUUUUAUAAGGUCAACAAAUGUUUUGUUUGUAAAGCUGUAAUUUGUGAAGUAGCUAGUAACCACAGCUAUUACACAUAAACAUGAAUACAUGUACUUAUUCCAGCACUUAAACUCACUGCA